AUGAUUCGUAAAAUAAUCGUAACAUUGUUGUUUGCCCUUUUUGGUGUUGUUUGUGGGACACCAAUUAAUGGACGAAUUGUUAACGGUACUGAUGCCGAAGAAGGCGAAUUCCCUUACAUUGUGUCUUUGCGACUUUUUGGUAAUCACAAUUGUGCCGGAUCUAUUUUAAACUCAAAAACUGUUUUAACCGCAGCCCACUGUGUUGUCAAUUAUGAUGCUUCCUAUCUUAGUGUACAAUACGGUAUUGUGGAAAUUACUUCUGGUGAUAGUGCCCCAAAUGUGGUUCAAGUAUCAAAAGUCAUUUUUCAUGAAAAUUAUACCAUGGGAAAUGGCUAUAUUAACGAUAUUGCAGUUGUUCAACUAGCUAAACCGAUACUUUUUGGGGAUCUUGUUAAACCAACAAAUCUUCCAAUUGCUUUCAAUGCAACUCCGGAAAAUUCUCCAGCUUUACUGGCAGGAUGGGGUCUCCCCUAUUCAGGAGGAACUGUUAUGAAACAUUUACAAAAAGUCGACAUUUUUGUGUAUUCUGAUGACGAUUGCGAAAGGAUUCAUAAAGAAACAGGACCAACAAAUAGGAAGUACCAUGUUUGUGCUGGAGUACCAGAAGGUGGAAAAGGACAAUGCAAUGGAGACUCUGGUGGUCCUUUGACGGUCGAUGGGGUCCUAGUAGGGACAGUAUCGUGGUCGGUGAAGCCGUGCACGGUUAAGGGCUAUCCAGGGGUUUUCGCCAAAGUGGCCAAUUACGUGGACUGGAUCAAUGAAAACAUGUAUAAAUGA